CUUAUUUCAUUUUGCUUUAUAUUUAUUGGUUAGGCAAAUAUUAUUUAAUUGAUCGUAGUUUCUCUUGUUUUUGUAUCCUGUUAAUUCAUAUUAAAUACAAAGUGGAAUAAUUAUUAUCAAAUUUGUUUGGAAAUGGCUCUGAAUCAAGAUAAGAGACUUGCUUUGUCAGAAGAACUUGAGAAAAAGAAAUAUACUGAUACUUUGGAAAAUAUUCGUGCACACAUAGAAAGCAAACACCAGUAUCGUAAUCUCAACAGAUAUCUCAACAUCCAGAGACAAGAACAUGAAGAAGAUAUGCUAUUUCAAAAAGCUAGAGCAGAUGCAGCAUUCAAGGAAAGGCAGAUGGUUCAGGAUAAUGAUUUAGCGCGGGAGUUGGAUAUGAUCAAAAGAGAUGAAAUAAAAAAAUUGAAAUUGAGGCAACAACUGAGGGAAAAUUCUCAUGAACUUAGAGAUCUAGAAAGAAAACUAAAGGCAGCCUAUAUCAAUAAAGAACUUGCAGCCCAAAUAGCACAAAAAGAAGCUGAAAGGGAAAACGAGAAGAUUCAAGAAAAUAGAACCCAGGAAAUACUCAAAAUGGCUUGGGUAGAGGAAUCGGAAUACAAAAAAAAACUGGCCCAAGAGGAUAUGAUUAAAAAACAACAAUAUAAACAAGAACUCCAAGACCAGAUGAUACUGAGGGAAAAAUCUAAACGUCAUUUGUAUGAAGAAUUUUUGAGAGAGAAGAAACUAAUAGAUGAUGUUAUACAAAGGAUACAUGAUGAAGAUGAAAGAGAGGCCUCCGAAAAAAUGUGCAAGAUGAAGAGGACACGAGAAGAGAUGGAUGCGUUCAAGGAAGCUCAAGAAGUAUGGAGAAAGAGAAAAAGGAUUGAAAUUGAAGAAGAAAAUAGGAGGAUUGAAGAGUAUCUCCUAUCUAAAGCAGAAGGGAUUAAAGCCAGACAGGAAGAGCAAGCAAAGCAGGAAGCAUUGAAAGCUCAUCUAUCAGAUGUUAUUGCCAAGCAACUGUACGAGGAAUCGAUGAAACAAAAAGAAAGAGAUGAUAUAAUACAAGACUUGCUAGAAGAAGAACAAAAAGAGGCCCUAGAAAAAAGACAUAGGGAGGAGAUUGAGAAACAAAUCAGAAAAAGGAUUGAGAUAAGGGAGUCGCUGGAUCAACAAAUGUUGGAUAAACAAAGGAUAUUGCGGCAAGAAGCUGAUGAUGAUCGAAAAUUCAAAGAACAGAUGUUGGAGAAAUUAGCAGAGGACGAAAAAUUGGAGCAACUCUCAGCCCAAAGAAAGAGAAUGAGAAUGCUCCAGUUGAGGAGAGACGUAGAGCAAAUGAUGAUUGAAAGAAGACAAAAGCAUGCAGAAGAACUUCAACUUCUCAUAAACUUGGAAGAACAAGCUCAUAUGGAAAUGGAAGAAAGGAAACGAAUAGUUGAAGAGGAACGACACCGAAUGUUGAGGGAGCACGUUAAAAAUCUUAUUGGAUACUUACCGAAAGGGAUUCUAAAACCUGAUGAUCUACCUCAUUUGGAUAGUGACAUAGUGGAUAAAGUGUCUCCUGGUGUUUUCGCAAUGAACAUAUAAAGUAAACUUUGCUGGCACAGUAGUUAUUCAGUUUGUGAUAGUAGCUUGCACCAUGUGAUUAAUAAUCAGUAUUUUUGUUAACUGACAGCGUUUUCUAAGGAAAGGGAG